CGUACCUUUUGAAAGUGAUUUCCGUCACCUUCAAGAAGAGCGUUCUUUUCACCUUUAACUUUUUAGAUUCACUCCAUCUUCUCAAGCCGCUUACCCCUCAACGCGUUAGCGCAAGGCUGGGGCUCGUCGCCUUGCACUGUGAAACCUCACAGUGACUCGAGGUAUUCAAAAACAACACCACUGCAUUGGCCGACAUAGACUGCAAGUUAAUCCGCUCUUGUAAGGUCAAGAUCAAAACAAACAUGGCACCAUUCUCGUCUCCUGCGAGUCGGGCCUUUCCUUUCGGACCCAGAAGUGACCCCAGAAGUAACGGCCGGCCCACCCUCGCAGGCAAGACCGUGCUGUCCAGCCAGCACGAAGCUGGGAGAGGCAAGUCCUCACGCGGAAUAGGCAUGAGAGGUGCGAAGCGCAUGCGCAAGAUUCCUCGGGACUGCAUACAAGGAAUCACAAAAAGCGAUAUCCGCCGUCUUGCCAGGCGGGGCGGCGUAAAGAGAAUAUCGGCUACUAUCUAUGAGGAAACGCGGUACGCAUUGAAACAGUAUCUCGAGAGGAUCCUGAAGGAUGUGGUUGCGAUUACUGAGCAUUCCAAGAGGAAGACAAUCACUGUCACAGACGUCAUCUUUGCAUUGCGCCGUCAAGGUCGCCCCAUUUAUGGUUUUGAUCACAAGGGUGGAUCUUCCAAGACGACUCUAUACUAGGGAACCUCUCAGGAGCUACGUUCUCGCGCGUCAGCGGCGGCCUUCUUCCUUUUGUCUCUGGAAGAGAAUCCGCGGCGCACAUGGCGUUGAA